CUUUGCGCUGCAGUGUUUUGUUUUGCGUAUAUAAAGUAAAUUGUUAAUUAAGAUGGAGUUAAAAGAAUACGUUAGUAAUCGAAGUUACAUCAAGGGUAGCAUAACUCGAAUUGAGACUUAUUGCAUGGGGGCACAGUUUGAUGCUUCUGCAUGCAACUUGUUGCGCGAAAAGCGGCUUCGCAUUGUUCAACUGUUUAAAGAUUACGAGAAGCUGAACAAGCAGAUCCUAUUGCUUGACCCUGACGAGAAGGAGAACUACGACGAAUACGAGAAAAAACGCGCCAUCGCGAUGGAGAAUACUGCAGAGGAGAAGCUGACUGCAGAGAAGCAGCCGCAUAAGCAGCAGCCGAUGAAGUCUGGUAAGGCUAGUUUCGUGGCUUCCGGCGUGGCUUCUAACAUCAAUACAUGUGCUGCAGCGUGAGUCGUUGCCGUUAUCCCCAUCUGGUCCGUUUUUGGUCAAUACAAGUUUUGGAUAUGUCGUCGCGGGGAAUUUGCCGGUAUCUGCUGGCAAAAUUUCUUCAUGUAAUCUAUGCCUUACAAUUGAAGGUAAAAAUAAUAUAUUUAAAGGUUGCAAUGACAUUGAAGGUAAUAAUUUAUUAAAAACCUGUGAUGAUAUUCCGGACAUAAACUUAAUUCCUGAUUCAAUAAUUGAAG